UCCAUUCACCGUGCCAAUACUUGCACCAUGAAGGGAGUAGCUGUAUGCCUGUUCCUGAUGCUGACACUGAUAUCCAUCUUCUAUGUGGAGUCAGUCUCAGAAGAAAAAGUUGACUGCAAAGGUUAUGAAAAACUGCCACCAGGAGUGAACCGACCAUGCACUCUAGAGCUUAGACCAAUAUGUGGUUCUGAUGGGAAAACAUAUCCCAAUAAAUGUGCUUUCUGCCAUGCUGUUAAGCAGAGUGAUGAGAAAAUCAAGUUUUCACAUGAGGGGCAGUGUUGAAUUAGAGCAACAGUUCUGAAAUGUCCUC